CUUAGAUCUACGAAGAGAAGCGUGUCUAGUGCUCAAUGCAAAUAUUUUCAAUUUAUUUUCGAUUUUUUUUGUACUGUAAGUAAGUACGCACGUAGAAGUAUUUUUUGGAUACUGUAGACAUGCAACGGAUGGCACGCUUAAUAAUCCCACGGGGGUUUCCCAGGGUUCAAACACGUUGGGUGUUGCCCUACUCUGGAGUGAGGUAUUAUGAGAUGGGAGAGUAUUUAAAAACGCAGUCGGAUCAUUACUCUGGAACAAUGACCGAUGGUAAGAACAAGAUACGGGAGAGGACUGGUGUGGAAAGAGGCUAUCAUGUAGUUCCCAAGUCUCGUAAGCAUUUGCUGGAGUAUCAUCCAAAGAAGGAGCAACUGCCUCCGCGCAGCAUGCAGGAUUCGUAUACAAGGGCUACACUGCCGCUGGGCGUGGAUGAGUUGGCCAGGGAACGUUAUAUUAAUCAUUUGGGACGGGCUCGUAUGGGUCGACUUCUGGAGGAGCUGGAUAUGUUUGCAGUUUGGCUGUGUCAUCGUCACAUCAAUAUCCUUGACCUGCCCAAGGAUGUGUGGUUGCCGUAUACGUUUGUGACCCUGCUGGUCGAUAGAGUGGACUUCUCCAAUAUUGAGGACAUCAAGGUCGACAAGGAUAUCGAGCUGAGUGGCUUUAUAUCCUGGACAGGCAACACUUCCAUGGAGGCAACAAUUUAUACGCGCCAGUUGUUGAAUGACAAAUAUCUGGACGUAACGAAAGCCGUAUUUCUAAUGGUUGCCCGGAAUGCCACCAAUACCUCAUCGGCGCCAGUAAAUGCCCUUCAACCGGCCGAUGAAAUGGAGCAGAAAUGUUGGGAGGAAGCCAACGAAAGGCAAUUGAGACGCCGAUCCACAGAAUCCCAAGGUGUCCUGGUGUGGCCACCACAGGAGCACGAGCAGGCAAUCAUGUACAGUCUGCUGCAGCGGACGACGCCUCGGGACAGCUUCGACCUGAACAAACGCACGUUGCCACCGAAAUGCCACUGGAUGGAGGACAGCCAGCGAUCGACAAUGAUGAAUCCGUUUCCAGAGAAUCGCAAUGCACACAACACCAUCUUUGGUGGCUUCCUAAUGCGUCAGGCCGUUGAGAUUAGCUUCAUUACGGCCAGUAUCUAUGUGAGUGGCCGCCCGAUCUUGAAGUGCAUAUCGGACAUCAGUUUCAUGCAGCCGGUGAAGGUCACUGCAUUCCUCCAGAUGACCGCCUAUGUGGUGUACACUGCUCAAAACUUCAUACAAGUGAUGACAGUGGCGAAGAAUUGGGAUGCGGAGAGUGGCGAGCAUACGACAACCAAUGUGUUCUAUCUGACCUAUCAGGCGUCUAAAAUAGUGGAUGAGGUGCUGCCCAGAUCAUACCGGGAGAUGCUCUGGUAUAUACAUGGCAGACGCAAAUUUCUGGCCGCUCUCAAUCUGCAGCCGGAUUACCCCCAGCCCAUUAAAGCCGAACCGGAAAGAAGUAGAAAACAAGAGAAUAAACAACACUCGUAAUUUCCUCAUACCUCGACACAGAGUUCCGUAUUGUAAUUGUUUAUUUUACAAAUUUGUUGUAAUCAGCGGGCUUGUACAAAGUAUUUAAAAAUCCUUAAACUGAA